AUGGAAUCCAUCAGUGACACUGCAUCCAAGGCCAGCAAUGGAGGACGCCCAGCUCUUCUUUUGUUCGAUGAGAUGCCGGAAUGGUUCCGACGUGAAUCUAACCAGUGGGUUCUUCAUGGCUAUCGGGCCAUCUCAGGCUCGGUUCACGCUUCGUUCUGCAGUUGGUCGUACAUCCACAACGAGUCGGUCAACAUCUAUUCCCACCUCAUCCCGGCCAUUCUCUUCCUACUCGGGGAGGGGUAUAUCCAGCAGUACCUUGCCAGCAGGUACUCCGGGGUCACUGGCGCCGAUUUCAUUGCUUUCUCCAUCUUCAUGCUGACAGCCGUCACAUGCCUGUCGUUGUCGGCGACAUACCACACCUUGAUGAACCAUUCCCAACACAUGGAACAUUUCUGCCUGCGACUGGACAUGCUGGGUGUAGUGAUCUUCAUACUGGGCGACCUUGUCUUGGGAAUAUACAUGGUUUUCUGGUGUGAGCCUUUGCCUCGCAAUAUCUACUGGUCUAUGGUUAGUUUAUCUCCACGUAUUGGAGUUUUCGGGAUGUUGACCAUCUUCAUGACAACGCAUCCCAAGUUCCAAGGCCCAAAGUAUCGCCUGUUCCGAGCAUUGAUGUUCGUGGCGACUGGUUUGUCCGGUGUUGCGCCCUUGAUCCAUGGUCUCAAUCUUUUCGGCCUGUCGCUGAUGAUCAGAAAAGCUUUUCCCUAUACUCUGGCAAAAGCAGGCUGCCUUCUAUCUGGGACUUCCAUUUAUGCAGUGAGUCUCCCAAUUGCACACACAACAGAGAAAUUGACCCUAAUACAUGUCGUUCUGAAGACCAGGUUUCCCGAAAGUCGAUAUCCCGGCAAAUUCGACCUAUGGGGCUCCCAUUCGAUCUUUCACAUCCUGGUGGUAUGCGCUGCUGUGGUCCAGUUGAUGGGGUAUCUGGAUGCCUUCGACUAUGCUCACGCAAAUCUCACUUGCUCGUCUCUUUGA